CCGCCGGCUCGCCCGUGGACUACAUGAGCAUCACCAGCUUCCCGCGGCUGCCCGAGGAGGAGCCGAGCGGCGCGGCCGAGAGCGGCCUCCGCGCCCGCAAGGAGGAGGACGCGUUCCUGGGCGAGCAGGACACGGCCUGCUUGGCCUUCCAGCCUGGACCACUUGUGCAUGGCCUCUUUGCAUGCUCCUUGAGCGUCUCUCCACCUGGGGUGCUCCUUGAGCAUCCCUCCGCCCUGGGGUGCUCCUUGCACAUCCCUCAGUCCGGGAUGCUUCAUCCCUCCGGUGCUCAGCUGGAAUAAAGCCAGGUGAUCGUUUGAUCUGUGAGAAAAUCCUCUGCCUAUUUUUAACUGGUUGCUUCCUCCUCCAUAGUUGAGAGAAAUGCUGUUUCUCCCCCAUGUCAUGUUUCUUCCGGUGGUAUUGCCCUUCCCCCUGGGGCUGGUUCCCAGUCCGGGUGCCUGUCAGCCCCCAAGACCAUGUUUGCACAGCCCCAGGCUCUCCUUGCCCUCUGCCCUGUCCCCCCAUGCCCACGGGUGAAGCUCCCAUUGCCUUUUCCCACCCUGUGCUCUCCUGACCGUCGAGGCAAAGCCACUGCCUGCAGGAGUGUGGGAGCAGCUCUGCUGGAAGCACAAGGCCUCUUGUCACACAGCCAGAAUCUGGUGCAGUUUUGGCAGUGCCAACACCUGCAGGUGGGGUGGCCGGAGAAGAGAGCUGCUGCUCUCCUGACACUUGUUGCAGGAGCACCUGCAGAGCCCACCAGCAGCUCCAGUCUCUGCUGUCUCCUCUCCACCAGCUCCAGACCCGAGGUGACCCUGGUUCUGCAAAGCAUUGGCUCCCCCAUAAAGCCACGACUCCUUCACGGCCCCACGGAAGCCAAGCGGGAUUUGGUGGCUUCUUCUUCAGAGCAUGCACAUUGGUGUUGGGAUGGGCAGCUGUGCAUUGGCUGUGCAGGCUGCUUCUGCUCCCAGGUGACCCCUUCCAGCUGCUCCCAUCCCCACACUGCAGCUCUGCUGUCCCUAUGCAACACUAGUGAUUACAGAGACUAAAAACAGGAUGUCUGUGGCAGAGAAUGGAGGUGCUUCAUGGUGGGAGGGCUGUCGUCUGCCCUCUUCUACCUAGUUGCUUCCUAGGUAUUCGUGUCCCCUCGUCAGCUGGCCUGUCACCAGAGCGGAGGGAUGGUGUCCUGGAGUCCAGCUCACUCCUUGCUGUUUCCCUGCAGGUGGGGCUGGGGCCUCACUCGUGUGUGCCAGGGGCUGUAUGUGACAUCCCACCCCAAUGGCAGCCCCUGCCAGGCCAGCUGUGGCCCCCACUGAGGCCACCAGCCAGUCUUCCCACUCAGUCCAGCUCACUCUGACCAGACAAGCCCAUGAGGGGCUCAGUGUGUGCUCAGAGGCUCAGGCUGCAAGAGCUGAGCCUUUCCCAAUCCCACUCCUAAACCACCACAGCACAAAUGAGAUUAAAUUCAUUCUGAGGGGAUUCCCUGGCUGUGGGAGUUUGCUCUUGGUUGCAGCAUCACUGAAAUUAAAACUCCUUCCCUCCCUGGCCUCAGGAGAGCUGCAGCCAGGUCAGGUUAAUGCCAUGACAAGGCCUGGGCUAGCAGUGCCAAGGGUGAUACCCAGCAUCUGCCAGAGUAGACAGACAGGCAGUUGAUGGGGGAAAUGGGCUUUCCUGCUCACUCCCCUCUCCUUUUCCAAGCCCAGGAAACAUCUGUACAGAGGGACAAGUUUCUCAUCUUGUUUUUUCCACUUGGUGCCUCUUUUUCCACUAUGGAUGCACAGAGUACUGCGGCCCCUGAAAAAAUUCCUCCAAGAGCCCUGGAUGAUGCCCUGAGCUACUUGGUCCCCUUCAGAGCCCACAAGGGAUGGGCACGACCUCACAGCUGCCCCAGCAGCUCCGUGUGCCUGGCAGCAACGGGAUGGGCAGGGCAUCCUUAGCCGGUGUCCUCCCAGCACAAGGGCAGCAGCUGACACCCUCAGAGAUUCAAGGCAUCUUUCAGAGCAAAAAAGAGACUUUUUUAUCCUGCUGAGGCCCAGCAAACCCCUGCCCCACUGGUUUGCCAUCUUGGAGCUGGAUGUCCAGUGUGUGGCUUCAUUUCACAGUGGGCCUCAUCUGCCAGAGGAAGCAAGGAAUUAAAGCAGAGUCCUUCCUGCAGAGGAGCCAGUGGAUGUUCUGAGGCCUCCAGUUUGCAGACCCAGACUCCUUCCUGAAGUCUGCACGUCUCCAGCGCCUGCCCUCGUCCUCCUCAGAGAUGGGGAGCCAGGACGUGUCCCCUCUGCAGGAGACCAGCAAGGACCCCUUCUCAGGAGACUGCAGCUGCCGGCAGGAUGGGCUGACCGUCAUCAUCACUGCCUGCCUGACCUUUGCCACAGGUGUCACUGUGGCCCUCAUCAUGCAGAUCUAUUUUGGGGACCCUCAGCUGUUCCACCGCGGCGCCGUGGUGACAGACACGGCACGCUGCACGGCGCUGGGCACACACGUGCUGGCCAGGCACGGCUCCUCGGUGGACGCGGCCAUCGCCUCAGCCCUCUGCGCCGGCAUCGUCAACCCCCACACCUCAGGGCUGGGAGGGGGCGGGGUGAUGCUGGUCCACGACAUCCGCAAGAACAGGAGCUGGGUGAUCGACUUCCGUGAGGUGGCUCCCCUGGGCAUCCCACUGGAAGGGGACCUGAAGCAGGACACCAAGCCAGGUCUGCUCGUAGGGGUACCAGGCAUGAUCCUAGGAAUGCACCAGGCACACCAGUUACAUGGCAGGCUCCCCUGGUCCGAGCUGCUUCACCUCACGGCUGGUGUCGCCCAGAAUGGCUUUAAUGUCACACAUGACCUGGCCAAAGCUCUGAGUGAACUGAAGGACCUGAACUACUCUGAGCGAUUCCAGGAGCUCUUCCUGCCAGGUGGGCAGCCCCUGCUGCCUGGGAUGUUCGUCCGGCGCCUGGACCUGGCGGCCGUGCUGCAGCUGCUGGGGGCAGAAGGGGUGGCAGCCUUCUACAGUGGGAACUUGACCCAGGAGAUGAUCUCUGAGGUCCACAGCUAUGGAGGAGUCUUGGUGGAGGAGGAUUUCAGCAAUUACAGUGUCACUGUGGAGGACCCUGUGCACACAAUCUAUCGAGGGCACCUUGUUUUCACCCCCCCACCUCCACAAGCAGGUCCUGCACUGAUCUCAGCACUGAACAUCCUCGAGGGCUUUAACAUCACAAGGCAAGGAUCCAGAGGGAAUAUCUUGCACUGGAUGGUGGAGACACUAAAAAUAGCCCUGAGUCUGGCGAGCAACCUGGGAGACCCAUCUGGUGACGUGUCUGUCACUCACACAGCAGAAGGCAUGGUGAGUAAAUCAGAAGCCAAUUCCCUGCGCCAGCUGAUCAAUGACUCCCAGUCCUUCCUGUCCAUGCCUCCCUCCCCCCUAGAGAGCGGGGCUGCUGCCAGCCAGGUCCUGGUCAUGGGCCCCGAUGACUUCAUCGUCGCCGUGGUGAGUUCUUUGAAUCGUCCCUUUGGCAGUGGAAUAGUAACACCCUCUGGAAUCCUCUUGAACAGCCAGAUGUUGGACUUCUCCUGGCAAAAUAACACAAUGAACCACUCCAUUCCCAGGCCGCAAAACCUCCCUCGGCCUGGGAAGCGGCCGCGGUCCUUCCUGCUGCCCACCAUCGUCAGGCCCUCGGAGGGGAUGUGCGGCACCUACCUGUGCCUGGCAGCCAACCACGGGGACAGAGCCCUGAGCAGCAUCGUCCAGGUUUUAGUAAAUGUUUUAACGUUCAACAAGAAUCUGAGUGAAAGUUUGUCACUUGGUCGACUUCACCCCCAGCUUCAGUCCAACACCUUGCAGGUUGACAGUGAGUUUCCUGAAGAAGAUAUUGAAUUUCUUGUGGCCAGGGGCCAUCAGGUGGAUAAAGUCCCAGUGGUGUCCCUGGUGCACGGGGCCAGGAGAACCAACAGUUUCAUCAUUGGCCUGAAGGACCCCAGGAGUGCAGAUGCUGCUGGAGCCACGAUCUUGUAGCAGCUCCCAGGGACCGUGUGCUGUGGCCAAGGCUGACACACAACCCUGUGAUGUGCAUGUUCCAAAGUGGCCCCUUCUCCAGCCCCCAUACUACUGGGAAGGUGUUCUGCACUCCCCACCCUGACAGCACCAGAGGAGCCAGCAGCAGCAACAUCCAGCUCUCUUUUUAUUUUUCAAUCAUUUGGAUUGCAAGCAGCCCCGGCCUUGUUACAGGAGUGGCAGGAGCACUUUUCUUUUGGCAGUCUUGCUAAUAGUUCAGUCUUUCCAAAGCCCAGUUCUAGCCAGCAUCUUACUUUUAGGGAUCAGGAACAUGAGCAAGGGAAAAAACAGCUGCUGCUGCUGCUGCUGCUAUUAUUGAUGAUGAUUUUCCUCAUCUCCCUGUCUUUCCCAAGCUCCUUCUUUGCUUCCAGUGUAAGCCAGUAAUUAAUACAGCCUGAUGUAGUGUCUGUAGGUGCCUGCAGCUGGAAUAUUGGGGAGUCCUCUAAUACUCCAUCUGGGCCAGCUGAUUUUUGCCAGCGUGCAGCGUCCCAGGGAAGUUCCUGUGCCCACAUCACUACUUGUCUUGAAUUUUGGCAGUAAAUAUUUUCAAUCCAGUUGCUGUGCAGACUCACUGGCAGUCUGAUUUUAUAACCAGAGCAAUGAUUUUCACCAGCUCUAACAACUUCUUCCUCUAACAACUUGUGCACCCCCCCAGUAGUUUUCUUACAGAGGUUCAACCUCCUCACUGGUGAAUUUCAGAUCAAUGGUAGCAGGUUUAACUUUCUUAGACACUUUUUGGAGAUAUCUUAGCAGUACUCAACAGUGAAAACCCACAGAUCACGGACUGAAGACCACACGGAGAGUAUUUGGGUGGGUUCAGAGCUCUCCUUCCACUGCGUUUUCUCAGUCAGUUCCAAAAGCCUGGGUCAUUCCUACAGAGAGGUUUGGGAAUUUCUGCUGACUGAAUUAAUGGCUGUACCUUAGCUCUGUGUUUUAAUCCUAGUGAAUCUAUUGGAAAAGCUGAAGAAAGUGAGAGAAAAAGUAGAAACCAGACAAAACACUACUGAGAUAAUUUUCUGUCCACCGCAUGUAGUGAAAAUAAAAGAAUGCUCUUGCAUUUUGUGCCUGAAACUGAGAAGGGAAGAAUACCCCAGCUGACAUCUGCACCAGGUUAUUCAGCCAACAUUUGGACAUUUCCUGUUCUUUUUGCUGGCUAAGAGACACUUGGCACUAAAAAAAUCCAGAGUUUGAUCAUUUUCUGCAGUCUAAAAAUGUGAUGUUUUCCUUCAUGCCGCAAAUGCACCCAUAGCCACUGUACAUAUUAUAUAUGUAUGUCUGCUUAUGGUUGUGUUGCUCUUUGAUUUGGUGAUCACACCACUCACCCUGACCUUCCUCCCCAGCACCCUGUGCCACCCUGUUUGUGCCACCCUCUGGCACUCGAUGGCAUGGGCUGAUUUUGGGGUGGUCGAGGCCACAGGGCAGAUAAUUGGACUAAUUGUUCCUGGGAGCUGUGGAUCCCAGUGAAGUAUGUUGCGCUGAGUGAGAACAGAGGUGUUUUCGUGGUCUGCUGAAGUGCAGCUGCUCAUUAGAAGAGCACAGCAGCUCCCACUGACAGCACCAUCAGCAGCACUUCCUGGUCCAAGUGCAUCCGUGCCCUCAGCUGGGACGGGGGAAGCACAAUGAAGCACAAUGUUAUAUCUGUGACGUGCUCUGUGCCACCAAGAAGAGACUUUCUUCACCACAGGAACACCAAAUCUAUUUAUUUAUUUCUCUGUCAUCAGCACUAGAGUUGGUCACUGACCAAGGAUGGAGAGUAAAUGUGUCUUGGAGCAGACCUCUUAGGCUCCAUGGGAAGGGAAGGAGGCAGUUUUGUGGGUUGAACCUCUCUGGAGAUGGUCUGGGGUUUUCUGGUCUGUCCCAGCCCUACUCUGUCCCUUGGGCAUGGAGGUUCUCUGUGAACAGCUGCAAAAUAUGUGCUCGAGUCAUUGUCAGUGCAGAUCUUUGCAUGAAAUGUCACAAAACACUUUGAAAGAUUAAAUUCCUCCUUAUUAACUGAAUUCACCAACUUCUGGUGCUGGAUACUGUGUAUAUGUUUGGGAGUAAAAGACUUUGGUCUUGAUUCAGAAGGGCACUCCUAUGUCCCAAAUUACAAUUUCACUGCAAUUAUCCAGAAUCUUAAAAUAAAGCAUGUUCUGAAGUGUU